AUGCAGCAGCAGCAGUCUGACCAAGCACGCGCCUCGGCGUCGCCAGCGUCGUCAGCAUCGGCGACGUCCGGGGAGCCAUCCUCACCGCCGCCUCAGCGCGCACGAUGGAUGUACGCACGCGGCGACACCUGGGCAACCUUUCAGCCCCACGAUAACGACAAGCUCGAAAAGCGAUGGCACCAUCUCGGCGGAGAGCAGUGGGCACGCACACACUCGAAACCGCACGGUCAGCAGACUCCUCCACCACACGAGUCGCAUACCCCGCCGCCCCGAGCACCGCCCUCGGGCGUCGACGCCAUUCAGUCGGCUCUCGACGGCUUUUCCGGCGUCGCGCAGCAAACCAAGCAAAAGGCAACCGAGAAAAUCACACCUCCCGACGAUUCCUGGCUGAACAAGCUGCGUCAGUACGUGCCCUAUGGCGCGCGUCAACCUGAUGCUGACGACGACGAUGAUGCAAGCUCGGACAAAGAUGACGGCACCAACAGCGACUCGGGCAAGUCAUCCAACCCGGACCAGGUCCAGGUCAACUACAUUCUCGAUCCCGACGAGCCCGACUCGGAACGUACCGCCAAGGUCGAGGUCAUGGAGGACAAUCUCUUCGACGUCGACCUCGAGUCCAUGACCCUCUACCCCGUCUUUUGGAAAGGCGUCCUCCUCAAGGUCGUCCGCGCAACCUGGUUCUACUCGUCGCUCACAGACGGCUCCUACGCUCCCAUCAGCUGGGACGAUCCCCUCUCCAGCGACCUCGAUCACGCCUAUUCACAGGCACAACCAUGGCUCGCCUCAUCCAAAGACCUCUCCCAAGCCUCGGACGUCGGCGAGGAGACCGACAAAUCCAAGCUCUACCCGCUGCCCAGCAUGAAGGACAAGGGUCAGGUCUCGUUCCAAGAUGCAGACGUCGGCCGCAUCUUCUCUGAGGAUCUUCGCGGACGCUUCUUGUCUGUCGUCGGCGGCUCCAUCGUCGUACGUGGCUUCGAUCGCGCAGAGCAGAUCGCCGAGUCCAAGUCAUUCAGUCCGCUCUUCAACCUCUCGCUCCCCUGGGCCGCCGAUGACGACGGCGCACGCGUCUCCAACAAGGGCGCCUCGUCCAGCCACUCCGAGGCUCAAAAAGCUGGCUCCAGUCGCGGCGCACACUCUGCAUCAAAGCGCGCCGGCGCAGCUCAGACCUCUUCUGCCCCGCCCUCGGGAGGAGGUGCGGACGGUCCCAACCGCGCCGAGCCCUCUUCCCACGGCGACGAGGACGAGCGCCGCUCGUUUGCCGCCAAGCUCGUACCCUCGAGUGAUGCGGCCCUUCGUCCGCUCGUAGCGCUCAAAAAGUUCCUCGGCUACGACGAGGAUCAGGCUGCUGACGAGGAGAAGCGCAAGAUGAAGCAGCAGAUGACCGAGGCCGAACUCGACCGCCAGCGCCGCUCUCAGAACGAUCUCGACCAGCUCCCAGACGACCGCAAGGACGAGCCGCCCGAGCUCGUCUUCGCCAUCCACGGCAUCGGCCAGCAGCUCACCGAAGACUUUGAGGCGCUCGAUUUUGUCUACGACGUAGAGCACCUGCGAAAUCUUGCUAGCGAGAACUCGCGCGAUCCAGCGGUCCGACGUUUGUCGCGCGGACGCAGGGCCCAAUUCAUCCCAAUCUGCUGGCGCAGGUUCAUGGAGUUCAACGACAAGCCCGACGGCAACGACAACUUUUACACGCUCGACGACAUCACCAACUCGGCGGCCAUUCCCGUCGUUCGCAACGUCAUCAGCAAGGUAGUGCUUGAUGUGCCCUUUUAUCUGUCCCGCCAUCGCAAAAAGAUGAUCGACUCGGUCACCUCCGAGCUCAACCGCACCUAUCGUUUAUUCUGCCGACGCAACCCGGACUUUGAGCAGCGCGGUGGGCGCGUCUCGAUCAUCGGUCAUUCGUUGGGCUCGGCACUCGCGGCCGACAUACUGUCCGCGCAGCCAUCGACUGUUCCUCCACUUGCCGAAGCCGCCAAGACGGACCGCGAGGCACUGCGCCGCAACGAGUGUCUGCACUUUAACGUCAAAAACCUCUUCUUCAUCGGCUCGCCCGUCGGAUUCUUCUUCCAUCUCGAUGGCGGCCAGCUUAUCGCGCGCAGCGGCACCCGUCGCAAUCCCGACGUCGAUGCAGAUGCACUGGGCCAACAGGGACGGUAUGGAUGUCUGGCGGCGGAGAACGUGUACAACAUUUUCAACCCGAACGAUCCGGUCGCGUUUCAGCUCGCGCCCACCGUCGACGCGGCGUACGCCAAGGUGGUCACGCCCAUCUCGAUCGAGAGUGCCACCGAGGCGCUGCUGCAGACGCUCUCGCUGCCGAGGCUUAGCGUCAGCCGCGUGUUUGAAAAGUACAACCAGCAUCCGUUCCAAGGCGUCGGCAAGAUCACGCGCCAAGCACGCAUCCUCGAAGACCAACAGGGGCCGGCUGGCUUGUCUUCCAGCGAGAGGGACCAGGUGAAGGAGCGAAAGUUGGGCGAACGCGUCGUGGACAGCUCCGACUACAUCCAAACCAUCCGCAAGUGGCACCAGCUGCAUUCCACGCCUCCCUCUUCGCGCAAAUCGAAUGCUGGGGACGAUGAGCCCGAAUUGGGCAAACAGGAUCUGCAGACCGAGACGGGUGUGCGCCAUAAACGUCUCCAGCCCGAAGCUGUUGUGCUCGCCCAAUCCGACGAGUGCGAUUUGGACUUGGACCAGCUCGAGCGCGGCGAGCGUCGAUUCCGCGCGCUCAACCCGCACGGAUGCAUCGACUACCAUCUGUCCGCCAGCAUCGGGUUGAGCGACUACCUCGACAUGUUUGGCGCCCAUCUGGCCUACUGGACGCACCGCGACUUUGCCGUGUUUGUGCUUACACAGCUGUUUAUGGAUUUCACAAGCAAGGAUGAGGUGACGAUCGUGCCGAACGUGCAGCAGCGCGGUAGCCAUGGCAAUGACCCUAAUGACGAUGACGACGAUGAUGACGAAGAGGAGGCCGACGAAGAAGGCGAGGGAAGCGGGGAAAGCGAGAAGGAGUAA